GCAGCCAUAUCUGCCCCGCCUCGCCGUGACGCGCGGCGUCAGAUGACGGUGGAGUCGCAGGUCGGCAUUAAGGUUGUUUGCCGUCGCUGUGUUGAGCCGCCGCCAUGCCCUCGGAGAAGAGCUUCAAGCAGCGCCGCACCUUCGAGCAAAGAGUGGAAGAUGUACUGCUGAUUCGAGAGCAGCACCCAACUAAAAUACCAGUGAUCAUUGAAAGAUACAAGGGAGAGAAGCAGCUUCCAGUUUUGGAUAAGACCAAGUUCCUGGUGCCAGAUCAUGUCAACAUGAGUGAGCUAAUCAAAAUUAUCAGGCGACGCCUGCAGCUGAACUCCAACCAGGCGUUCUUCCUCCUGGUGAAUGGACACAGCAUGGUGAGUGUUUCCACACCCAUAUCCGAGGUGUACGAGAGCGAGAAGGAUGAGGAUGGGUUCCUGUACAUGGUGUAUGCCUCUCAGGAGACUUUUGGAGUGUAGUCUUCCAUCUGUGACAUGCAAGUGGCUUCUAGCCUAGCAUUCUGAUUUGCCCUUGGCUUUCACCCCCAUUCUUCCCCACACACCCCCCAGGAAAAGAAACAUAUGUCACCUAUGCUCUCAGUACCUUAGCAUAAUCUUGCUUUAGCAGGUGUCUCAUCUUACUUUACUUUUUUUGUGACUAUUAAACAGUACAGACGAGCACCUCCAGCUUUGAAACCUGCUGUAAUAUUCCACACAGGCACAUUUCCAUUUCUGGACUUUAUGAAUGGAACCCGAUUGUGCAUGUGACCAUUGCAAAUAAAGGGACACUUGAUUAACUUUUAACAAGCAAACAGGCACCAGGGAGUACCUAAAGUGUUUUGUGACAGUUUUCUAGAAAAUCUACCCGAUUCCUUAAAGCUUUCUUUUUUUAAAUAAUGGGAAGGCUUCUUAUGAGAGCAAAUAUGUUUUAAUGUUCCAAAGUGGAGCUUUGUAUUCUGCAGCUCGAUCAGACUCAUGUCAGUGCUGCAGUGAUUUAAGGCAAGCGCUUGAAGUGAGCUGGGGGAGUCCAGCUCUUUUUGUCUCUGUUUUUUGUGGCACCUCAAAUGUAGGAAUGGUGCCAGUUUCUGAAAUACUCAUACCAAACACCACAGCUUUUUUGUAGUUUUAGGAAGUGUUUAACUGUAAAAUACACACCUGGACAGGUAACAUUGAAAUAAACUCCAGUCUGUUAUGAAUUUCCAAUUCCUGUGUGUUCAGUGAAACACUGUUCAUAUGAGCUUGCUUCCUAAAGACUCCCCCCCCCCCCCCCCCAGCCUGAAGGUUUGACCGUUCCCUUGCUCAGAAAAGCCUGCCAGGAGGAGUUAGUGGAGGGACCUGCCAGCACCACUGGGGCUGCUGGGAUGUGUGUGGCUGGCCAUGGAGCAGGCCCGUGCUGGCUGACACAUGAGCAGCACCUGUCCUCGCUCCUUCUGUUGGCAGGGCUGGCAUGUUCAAGCCCUCCAAUGGCUUUGUUGUACCCCUCCUGUUCUACCUAGUGCUGGACUUGGAACUGCCACUGGAAUUACCAGCCCAUGCAGCUUAACCAGUCUGGCACUUGUUUUGGGUCAUGGAGAACGGCUUUCGGAAGCAGCUCAGCCCCAGGAGCUGCUGUCCAGAGAUGAGCAAAUAAUUUUUGCUGUCACUGAUGUUUCCUGCCACUUGCAUGGGGUUGGGAAGAUCCUGGUAUUAGGCCUGUCCUGAGCAGAGAAAUGGUAUGGUGUAGGACCUGUUUCUCCUCUAGAGUUGCUGUCAAGUGAAGCAUAUCAGGAUGAGAUUACUCAUAUAUAUUAUGUGUCUGUGAACUAACUGCAUCUUUUACUGGACACUAAUUUACUAUAAUGGGGGGAAAAGAAGCAAUACUACUACUGCGCCUCAGCACUCUAGCUCAGCAAGGUGUACACUUUGUACUACCUACACAUCUCUGCAUGCAUCACCUUCACAAGGCUGACUGACUUGGGAUUUUUUUUAUUGUUUUGUGUUUGUACUCUAAUGUAAACUUUUAAAUGCAGCUUCUUCUAUAUUUAGUUUUGUGUAAGAAAUUGUUUAACUCAUAACUGACAACCAUACUUGUAAUUACAUGAUUGAUACUCCUGUACAAACUGUUUUUUUAAACUUAAUACAGUGCCAAUACAGAUUGAUUACAUCCCAA